CGUUCCACCCCCAUCCACUUCAACGACGCGGCGCUUGUCACGGUGUUGGAGGCCGCCAAGCCAGCGGACCUCCAGCCGGACGUAGUCCAAGCCUCCUCCUCCGUCUACGGGCUCAACUCCAAGGUCCCCUUCUCGGAGGUCGACCGCACCGACCGACCGACGUCGCUCUACACCACCACAAAGAAAGCCAGGGAGGAGAUCACCCACGUCUACAACCAUCUCUACAGCCUCUCCAUCACCAGCCUCCGCUUCUUCACAGUCUAUGACCCCAAGAGGCUACCGGACAUGGCGUACUUCUUCUUCACCCGCGACAUCCUCCGCAGGAAACCAGUGUCCAUCUUCGAAGGCCCUGACCAUGCCACAGUUGCUCACGAGUUCACCUACAUGGACGGACAUGUCAAAGGUUGCAUGGCCGCCAUCGACCAAACCGGAGAGCGUACUGGAAAGGUUGCAACACCUCCCCCUGUUUCCGUCUCCGAUUUAGUCUCCAUCCUAGAGCAGCUUCUCAAGGUUAAAGCUGUCAACAUGUUCGUGAAAAUGCCCAGGAACGGAGAUGUGCAAUUCACCCGCAUCAACAUCACGCUCGGCAGAAUUUGUUCUCACUUUGACUGGGUUGAGGGCACCCUCAACGCCAUGGAGGGCGCCCUCAAUGUGGAAGGUGCCCUCAAUGCUGCAGCAUCUUAUGGAACUGUAGAUGCUUGA